GGUCCCGGGAGGAGCGGGAGGGCGAUGCGGCGGAGCGCGGCCGGCGGCGGCGGGCCGAUGCGGGCAGGAUGCACCAGAAGCUGCUGCGGAGCGCGCAUUACAUCGAGCUGGGCAGUUACCAGUACUGGCCGGUGCUGGUGCCCCGUGGCAUCCGCCUCUACACCUACGAGCAGAUCCCCGUCUUCCUGAAGGACAACCCCUACAUCACCGACGGCUACCGGGCCUACCUGCCCUCCCGACUGUGCCUCAAGAGCCUCUUCAUCCUCUCCAACGAGACUGUAAACAUCUGGAGCCACCUGCUCGGCUUUGUCCUCUUCUUCACGCUGGGCAUUUACGACCUGACGGCCGUGCUGCCGGCUGCCGGUGCCUCCCGGGAGGACUUUGUCAUCUGCUCAGUCUGUCUCUUCUGCUUCCAGGUCUGCAUGCUCUGCUCCGUGGGCUAUCACCUGUUCUGCUGCCACCGCUCCGAGAAGACCAGCCGGCGGUGGAUGGCCUUGGAUUACGCAGGGAUCUCCAUCGGGAUCCUGGGCUGCUACGUCUCGGGCGUCUUCUACGCCUUCUACUGCAACAACUACUGGCGCCAGGUGUACCUGAUCACCGUGCUGGCCAUGAUCCUGGCAGUGUUCUUUGCCCAGAUCCACCCCAGUUACCUCACGCAGCAGUGGCACAGGCUGCGCUCCGUCAUCUUCUGCUCCGUGUCUGGCUACGGCAUCAUCCCCACCCUCCACUGGGUCUGGCUCAACGGCGGCGUCGGCGCAGCCAUCGUGCAGGAGUUUGCUCCCCGGGUAGCUGUCAUGUACUUCGUCGCUGCUGUAGCCUUUCUCUUCUAUAUUUCCAAAGUUCCAGAAAGAUACUUUCCAGGACAGCUGAACUACCUUGGCUCGAGUCACCAAGUCUGGCACGUCCUGGCAGUGGUGAUGCUGUACUGGUGGCAUCAGUCCAUGGUGUACAUCAUGCAGUACAGACACAGCAAGCCCUGCCCCGAGUACAGCUCGGGCCUGUGAGCCAAGAGGCACUGCGAUGAAGUUCCUGCCUUUGAGGGUCUGGACCUUACCUGGUGAGCUGAGCUAUGAAGUGCUGAGGCAGUUCCUUUGCUGACUUCUGGACUGUUAGUGGGAAAAAUGCUGCUGCAAAACCCAAGAGGAUUGCCUGGGCCCUGCCAGCCAUUUCCUGUUGUGCAGUCAAGUCCAAAGCAGGCCUUCCUGGGCUGGGAUGCUGGAAAGAUGAGCUCUCCAGCUCAUCAGUCAGAUCCCAGCAUGGGCAACAUGAACAGAAGGGCCCUGGCUGGGCUAACAGGGCUGUGCCCUGCUCUGCAGGCCUUGCCAAGGGCACAGUGAAGACUCCUGGCAGCAUGUGGGGACCACCACAGACCCGUGGGGCUGGGCUGGGCUCUCAUCACAGCGCUGCAGCGAUCGGAGUCUGGCUGACGUGCUCCAGAGUGUGAAACUGCAUCCCUUGGACUCCUGUACUCUGCUGGACAAGAUCCUUUUCUGGAAGCUAAGGUCACACAUCAGCCACAACUGCACCUGCAGCUCAGAUCUCUCCAUUGCCUCGCCCACCCUGGGCAGUGCCAGUACUUCAGGAAGUGUCUCUGGAU